AUGAGCCGAGACUACGAUUUCUCUGGAACAGUCCUCGACCUCGCGUGUGGCAACGGGGAGUUUGGUGCCACUCUGCACGAGAAUGGCGUCUCCGCCAAAGUCACCGGCAUAGACGUCUCUGAGGGGAUGACCCGAUCGUCAUACAUUCAGGAUCACUACGAGAGGCCGCUGUUGAUCGGGCCAAUGGACGAACUUAUUAUGGGAGAGGGACCAGCAGAGAAGACAUCGAAACCGUCGACCGAGGAGGUGGGCUGGGAUGGGCCGACCGAUCCUGCGCGACCGGUGAACUGGUCGAGGAAGAAGAAAUGGUGGAAUAUGGGCAUCAUCUCCUAUCUCACCUUUCUCACCCCCUUGACCUCGUCCAUUGUCGCUCCGGCACAGGGGCUCGUGAUGAAAGACUUCCAUUCCACCAACCGAACUCUGGCCUCCUUCGUUGUCUCCAUCUACCUCGUCGGCUUCGCCGUCGGACCGCUAUUCCUCGCGCCGCUUUCAGAAAUCUAUGGUCGACUGCGUGUCUAUCAGGUGGGUACCUUCAUCUUUACGAUCUGGAAUAUUGCAGGUGCCGUCGCCCCUAAUGUCGGGGCGCUGCUGGUCUUUCGCCUGUUCGCCGGGAUCUCAGGCAGUGGUCCGGUCACCCUGGGGGCAGGCUCUGUCGCGGAUAUGUUUGCUCGACAGGAGCGUGGAGUCGCCAUGUCCCUCUAUGGCCUGGGCCCGCUCCUUGGCCCUGUCAUCGGGCCGAUCGCUGGUGGCUAUCUCUCCCAGGCACAAGGUUGGCGAUGGGUGUUCUGGCUGCUAGCCAUUGUGUCCGGGGUCGCGGUCAUUCUGGUUUUAUUUGUCCUAUCCGAAUCAUACGAACCGGUUCUCCUGCGGCAAAAAGCGAAGCGAAUCAGACGGGAAAACAGCUCAGUGGAGGUGAACGCUGGACAAGCCCUGAAGCUAGACUCCAGGAAGGUUUUCAUCCAGGCAAUAACCCGACCAACGAAAUUACUCUUCCUCACUCCAAAUGUCGCCUUGUUCUCGCUAUACACAGGAGUGGUCUUCGGCUACCUCUACCUGCUCUUUACCACCGUCACCGAAGUAUACGAAACCACGUACCAUUUCAGUCAAGGCGCCACCGGACUUGUUUACAUUGGUAUUGGCGUUGGAGCCCUCAUUGGCAUUUCUUGCUUCGGUGCCCUUUCCGACAAGAUCCAAAACAUCCUCAUCGCAAGAAACAACGGCCAAGCGGAGCCAGAAUUCCGACUUCCGCCGCUGAUUCCGGGAAGCUUCCUGAUCCCCAUCGGUCUCUUCUGGUACGGCUGGUCCACCCAGAUGCAUAUCCAUUGGAUAAUGCCCAUUAUUGGACUGGGUUGGGUCGGCUGCGGGAUGAUCGCUACCCUCCUCCCCAUUCAAGCGUACCUCGUUGACGCGUUCGGCGAAUACGCUGCCUCAGCCAUCGCGGCCAACACGGUCGUGCGGUCCAUCGUGGGAGCUUUCUUGCCCCUUGCCGGGCCUUCCAUGUAUGCUACGCUGGGGCUGGGAUGGGGGAACUCAUUGCUUGGGUUUGUCGCGUUGGGUUUGUUGCCGGUGCCGGUGGUAUUCUACUUUUACGGCAAGAAAAUCCGCAUGAACUCUCGCUAUCAGGUGUCGGUGUGA